AUGGAGGUUGUUUCUUUAGCCGUAGAAACUUCUUUGAUGAACAGUUCAAUUGGAAUUCUAGAUGUUUACAUACACAACGCAAGAGAUAUACACAACAUAUGUAUAUAUGAUAAACAAGAUGUAUACGCCACUGUCUAUUUGACUAGUGAUCCUGAAACUCGGGUUUCAACACAGAUCAUUAAUGGAGGUGGAAAAAAUCCAGUUUUCAAUGAGAAUCUUAGGUUGAAUGUCAAUAUGAUGAUUGAAUCUUCUUGGUCAUUAAGAUGUGAGAUAUGGAUGUCAAGUAGGAUUAAGAAUUAUCUUGAAGAUCAGCUGUUGGGUUUUGUAGUUGUGGAUGAUAUUAAGAAUAAAGAUUUGCCUCUUGAAUAUGAACUGUCAUCUAGCGAUCUCUUGCACGUCCCAGCUGGAUCUGUGAAAUUAACACUAACUUAUGAAGGGAUCAUGACUGAGGGUGAAAACUCUGCAGUUUUGAAGAAGGAAGAUGUUGUUGUUGUUCAAGAGGAGAUAAUGGAGAUGUAUAUGAAAAGCAUAAUUGAAGCAACAGAUGCAAUGGUUAAAAUAAAGCUUCCAUCCGAAGGGGUGGAUGAUCAUGAAUCUGGAUUGGACAAUUAUGUUGAAACAGAUGAGAGAAAAUUUGGUCAAUCUAAAAGCAAUGGAAGAGUGUUUUAUGGAAGCAGGGCAUUUUUUUGA